CCCAAGCGCUCCGCACACGCUUCUGCAAGGGGGACACUCGCCCUGCCUUCUAAACACCGCGGCACGACGGGUCUGGAGAGCCGGACAACGGGGAGAGAAAAGCUGGAGCAGAGAGGCGGGGGCUGCCGUGAAAUCGGGAGACUGCAGAUUGGGCUGGUUUGCUGACCCCUGGCUUCAUCUCAUCCAAGAUGACAUGGCACCCUCAGUACCGAAGUUCCAAGUUCCGGCACGUCUUUGGCAAACCGGCAAGCAAGGAGAACUGCUAUGACUCGGUGCCCAUCACCCAGAGCGUCCACGACAACCAUUUCUGUGCUGUCAAUCCUCAUUUCAUCGCCGUCGUGACCGAAUGCGCGGGCGGGGGAGCCUUUCUCGUUAUACCGAUAAGUCAGACAGGAAAGCUUGAUCCUCACUACCCAAAGAUCUGUGGGCACAAAGGAAAUGUGCUGGAUAUCAAGUGGAACCCAUUUGAUGAUUUUGUAAUCGCCUCCUGUUCAGAAGACACCACGAUCAAGAUCUGGGACAUUCCAAAGCAAAUGCUCUUGAAGAACAUCACCGCCUCCAGGAAAGAGCUGCUCGGUCACUCCCGGAGAGUUGGACUUCUUGAAUGGCACCCAACGGCUGCUAAUAUUCUCUUCAGUACUGGCUAUGAUUAUAAGUUAAUGAUCUGGAACCUCGACACGAAGGCAUCUGAAAUUUCGAACCCCGUGAAGACCAUCAAUUUCCACAGAGAUGUUAUCCUCUCCAUGUCGUUCAAUACAGAUGGCAGCCUACUCGCCACCACCUGCAAGGACAAGAAGAUAAGGGUUAUUGACCCUCGGGCAGGGAAGGUCUUACAGGAAGCAGAUUACAAGUCGCACCGAGCUAACAAAGUGUUGUUUCUGGGAAACAUGAGGAAGUUGUUGUCCACGGGGACAUCCAAAUGGAACAACAGGCAGAUUGCGCUGUGGGAUCAGGAUGACCUUUCGAUGCCUUUGACCGAAGAGGACCUGGAUGGCUCCUCUGGUGUGCUCUUUCCUUUCUAUGAUUCAGAUACGCACAUGCUCUACAUGGUGGGCAAGGGUGACGGGAACAUCAGAUACUAUGAGAUAAGCCCAGACAAACCUCACUUGAACUAUCUCACAGAGUAUCGCUCCAAUUGCCCUCAAAAAGGAAUUGGUACCAUGCCAAAGAGAGGUCUGGAUGUGUCUUCCUGUGAGAUCUUCAGAUUCUACAAACUGAUUACAACCAAAGGUCUAAUCGAGCCAGUGUCUAUGAUUGUGCCUCGACGGUCAGAGUCAUACCAAGAAGACAUCUACCCCAUGACAGCUGGAGCCCAGCCAGCACUGACAGCUCAGGAAUGGUUGAAUGGAAUCAACAAAGAUCCUCUUCUGAUAUCUUUAAGACCAGGUUCUGAACCUGUGAAAGCCCAGCCACAUUUUCCUGAGAGGAGAGUGUCCAAUGCGGUGACAGCGGAAUUCAAUAGGCACCUGGGCAGGCUAGAGAGGACAACUGCCGAGGACAAGAAGCAGGGCAGAUUCCAAGAUGAGCGAGCAGAGAAGCUCGUGGUGGAUCGCGUGCAGGAAAACCGAAAGCCUCGACUCUCGAACGGGUUUGACUUGUUCGAGUGCCCUCCGCCGAAGACCGAAAAUGAGCUGCUGCAGGUGUUCUACCGCCAGCAGGAAGAAAUUCGGAGACUUCGAGAACUGGUCAACCAGAGGGAGGUUCAAAUCACACAAUUAGAGCUAGAGAUCAAAAACCUCAACGGGGGUUCAGCCAGGUACUGAAAUGGAGGUGAUCGCUUCCCUGCCUUGAGAACCCAACUCGCACCCUUCCUCCCUCUUCCCCUUGAGACAGGGAGAAAAAAAGCCUCCUGAGGAUGACUACUGUUGAGAAGUUUUUUAGGGGGAAUUCACAGUUUAAUUUACUGAACAGUACCAUUGGUACACAGUGCCCUUUUUCUAUUUAUCUUCUUUUAGUAACCGUAUAUGAAUUGACUGUUUUUAAAAGAUGCUUUGACCUUUGUUUUUAUCGUUGUCCUUUUUUAUGAGUCUAGUUUCAAAGGAGAAGAAAAUGUAGCUUAAGUCAAAAGCGUCAAGAGCAAAAAAAUUUCCAACAGUAACCAAAAUUAGAGGCAUAGCAGCCCCGCUGACUCAUGCCAGGAUUCAGGAGAAAGGUUUGGGAGUUCUUCGGCUUAAGACGAUACAGCUUGACACGUGCACUCAAACCAUACCGGGGACUUCUUGCAGACCUCCCUUAAGGUCUGCAGCGGAAACCGGGUAGGGACCAUUAAUACAGAGGCCGGAGAUGAUAUCGGGGCCGCAGCCACCAGGAGGAAGGCUGUCUCUGGUUCUGGAUGUGGAAUCGAAUCCAGUUCUUCCCUAAAAUUAGCGUAAAAAUAUGGCCAUGCCCUUGGUUCCAAGGAGCUUCAAGCAAGACAAGGAGACUGAGUUAUUGGGAGGGAAAGAUAAAAGAGACUAGACUCUCUCCCCUUGUACUGCACUUGGAAAGACGAUGCUUUCAGGGGUUUCCCGUCAGGCUCUGCCAAAACAAUGAAAAGAGGGGGAGAGAGACCCACCAGGGCCCGAAGAGCUGUAACUUAAGGCCUUUCUUUUCCAGAGGGCUCCAGCACCCAUCCCCUGGGAAAUAUUAGGGCAACCCACUUGCCCACUGAGUUCUAAGCUCCUCGUGCUUGAAGUUCCUCUGGACAUUUAUCCGCGAAACACAACUCUGUAAGCGUGACUUUCCCCUCCGGGGUGUCACUCACUCUCUAAUAAAUCCUUACAAAUGCUGGAACUUGUUUUUCUAGAAAACAUUGCAAUAACAUGCCUUACUGCACUAUUGAGAGCAAAGAUAGAUCACGGAGGUGGUUGGGGAAGCAGAAAUCCACCGGAUGCUGGGUUUUAAACAUGCCAACCAACUACCAUCCUUAUGAAUGAAAACCAGACAUUGGAGACCAAAAACCUAUUGUUUAAAAGCAGAACUACCUAGAUGUGGUUUCUUCAAGUAGACAGCCAGCUUGUUUCCUUUUUUUACAACCAGAAUAAAUUAUUUAAAUUAUUUGACAGCUAAGGAAAAGGGACAGGUACAUUUUACCAGGUAUUUUUUAAGCAUACUUUUUUUGAUUGUAUUUUUGUUUAUGUACGCAACCUAAUAGUUAAAUGUAGCACCUACGCGCUCAGCCACGUAGUAGAGUGCUCACUGAUUUAUGUACUUGAAACACGAAUAGUCACACUGAUUGUUUACUGAUGACCAUUCUGAAAACAAAGGCUACCGGAUCGGCACUUGAAUAUGAUCUUUUGGAUAAUACCUCUGUAUGGAUGUUGACUUUAACGUGUUUUUCUCCUGGAACAUCAAUCUGCUCACAGAUGUAUUCCAGAAGGAAACCGGAUGGCGGAAGUUGGUCUGUGCUUUCUCGAACUGUGCCUAAAACGAUUUCAACCAUAAUUUUGUCAUUGUUUCUUAAAUUCUUUGUAUCUUUGUAAAAAUUAAAGUGUUGCGGAACUGUGCAAUGAUAAACAAAUGUAACUAAAGAAUAAAUAUCUGGCUAGACUUUAACUUUUUAAUCCAUGAAGUUUUCUUUUAUAAAUAGAAAUCUAUAUGUAUAUAUAUUCAUUCUCUUUAAGCAAAGAAGGAAGUGGAAAGAUGACGUGAGUGGAGUUUCCUUGGAGCUGACAGUCUCUUAGCUUGGCAUAUGUAGAGGUGCGGCCUUAUCCUAUCUAGCAGAUACUGUACAUUACUGUUCAUGCAUGUGUAUCGCCCGAUAAUCCUUUAUACCCGCUCCCAGAGCCUGUGAUGUAAACGACAUGUUCGGUUCCUUUCUAAUAAACAAAUAUUUAAACAUGA